AAUUAACCAUAUGAUUGUAAUUCAAUAUAGGUGUAUAUUGAUUCUCCAAAAGAGAAAAAUUAUAUUCGGAAAUAAUUUAAAAAUCACGUGCGCAUCACUUAAGGAGCAAAUGAGUAUUCCUGCAUUUACUUUUGAAAAAAUCAAAGUCGUCGAACAAUAGUUAGGAGUUGCCGCUACUUUCAUCUUUAACCGCCACUAACCGGAGCGUGACAGACCGGAGAGAGGCGAUCUUCACUCCCGUACGACAACGCAACGUCGUCGUAUUGGAGCAGAUUUAUUUUACUCCCCAUAUUUAUUGAUUUCUAGAUAUACAUAUUCGAGAUUUAGUGUGUAGAAUUUUUUGGGUGUCGGUGUUCUUGACUUUUUGUCGACAAAAAUUGAGGAACAUUUUUUGUGCGGAGGAAGUGGGGCAAAUGGAUGCUGAUCCACUGCAGUUUGGGAACAUUGUAAGAAACUCAAAGUUGUUGUUAGCGGCUGCUUUCUAGUUGUGUGAUUUAAUUUGGCGUCAAUGAAGUUUCCGGGAGUAAUUUCAAAAUAUAGUUUCAAUAUUUUGAAUUGGAUGGGCUUUAGCAAAUUUUCAUGGUCGUUUGUGCAGUUUGAUGCAAAAUUAUGUUUUUCGUUAAUUUAUCAAACGACUCCUCGCAGAUUGUAGUGCUGUUACUUCGGAAGUUCAAUUGAAUGGAACCAUACCUAUUAUUGAGAGUUUGCCUUUUUCUUUCUUUCUUUUUCUUUGGAGUUAGUUUGGCUGCAGAGGACCUGUGUCUAAUCUAUUGCUCCUGAUUACCUCUUUUGUGCUUUAACCUCCCUUCCACCUUGCUUCAGAGGGCUAUAUUGGACUCAACAUUUUUUAAUUUUAUUUAUUUGCUUGCGCUGAAUCAAUAAAAUUCUUUUACGUCAAGCCACCUUUUAGCCAUUGUGGAGUGGGAUGGUGGACUUGCUUCAGAUAUUUGAAAUUUUAUGGGAGUUUUUGCCUUCAAUAUGUAUUUUUGUGUAUUGAUGAAAUAUGACUGAUGGAGCUAAUGUUUGACUAUUCUGAUGUAAAUGAGAGUGAUAUCCACGCAAUUGUUCUUUCAUAUCUUGUACACAAUUGCUUCAAAGACACACUGGAGUCAUUCGUUUCAUGUACUGGGAUGAAGCAACCUGCUGAUCAUCUGCAGGACAUGGAAAAAAGAAAAAGAAUCUAUCAUUUUGCAUUGGACGGGAAUGCAUCCAAAGCCAUUGAGAUGACUGAAGAAUUUGCGCCUGGCUUGUUGGAGGAAAAUAAGGAUUUGCACUUUGAUCUUUUGAGCCUUCAUUUUGUUGAACUUGUGUCCUCCCAUAAAACUCAGGAAGCUUUAUUGUUUGCGCAAUGCCAGCUGACUGAUUUUGGCAAAGAGCAGAAAUAUGUCAAAAAGCUUGAAGACUUUAUGGCUCUGCUCGCAUAUGAUGAACCAGAGAAGUCCCCAAUGUUCCAUCUCCUGAGCUCAGAACACAGACAAUAUGUUGCAGAAAGUUUGAACAGGGCAAUUCUUGCUCACACUAAACUUCCCAACUAUUCAGCAAUGGAAAGGCUAAUACAACAAACAACUGUUGUUAGACAGUGUUUGAGUCAGGAACUCGGAAAGGAUGGACAUAAACCUUUCUCCUUAAAAGAUUUUCUCAAGAGCUAGAUGCACUGGUGCCUUCACCAAAGCAAUCACUGAGAUAUGAGUUAUGUGGGCGUUUCGAGGUGAUACAGGCAUGUGACGUAUCACUUAUGAUUAUAAUGCCAUCCGUAAUGCUUUCGUGAGUGGAAUCCGCAAUUAUGGCUCGCAUAUCUUCCUAGUCUGCGUUCGGAAAGAUGCCAAUUUCAUGUUGAGGCAGUGUACGAGUUUAGGUGUUAGAAUUGUAAACUGUAAGAAAGUGGAAGAGCCUUAGUUUGAAUUUUACCUAAAGAGGAUCUUCUGGGAUUUCUGUGUAUAUGAUAUGCUUUAGGGGCAGAAGGAAACGUAGCAUUCUGUAUUUAGUGAAGGAUUCUUCCCUAAAGCGUAGCAUUCUCGUUCUUGGUGAUGACCGGAGGCUUGAAGAGUAAGAGAUCUCUGCUUUUCGUAUUAUUUUCUAGUGCGAAAUAUCUAUUUUACAAACUAAACAGCUUGUGUAUUUAGAAGGAGCUUAGGCUAUCUGAUGACUUAUGAGGGUAUGAUUUAGUAAAUUAAUUGUUCUACA